UAUUUUCUUUAAUUACAAUUGGUUAGUUUUUGUUGAAAAAAAAAAUGUAUUAAAAAUUAGUUGGAUAAAAGAGAAAUAAAUUUAAUACAACAUGGCAGAAAUAGAUGAUUCUAGAAAGAGGCUUUUGUUACUUACCACCAAAAUUUCUUCUGAUGUAUCAUUUGCCCUAUCGCUGCCAGUCUUCUUUGCUCAGCACCCACAAAAUGAUAGAGGUAACGCUGCUCAAAAAAUGUUUACCAAGCUUAAAUGGCUAGACGAAAAUAUUACUUAUGAUGAGUUUUGCAAACUGUUUGUUAUCAUAUUUCAAGAUCAAAAUGUGUUAAAUAUUUGCAAAGAAAUUUACUCGUUUCAGAUAUCGAAAGGUGGCAAUGAUUUGAAAUACGAAAUAGAUACAUUUUCCCGACUUAUUAGUGACAAGAUAUAUCAGAUAUACUGGAACUUUGAUGAAGAUGAAAUGCGCAUGGCUCGUAUGAAACUUAUGUCCGAGGAAAACGAAUCGUGUUUAGCAGAGAUUAAAUCAUUGAAUGACGAAAUUGAUAAAAUGGUGAUCGAUCACAAAGAUAAAGUACAAGAAUAUAAAACAAAAAAAAUUCAAUUUGACGAACGAGUGGUAAAAGUAUAUCGAGAAGCCCAACUGAAUAAAGUUCGAAUUGAGAGGAAAAAUAGAAAUGAAAUGUUAAUAAAUUUGAUGGAACGCGAAAAAGAAUUAGAUGAUCUUGAAAAAAUAAAUAAAGAAAACAAAAGGAAGUUUAUUGCUUUAAAAGAAACUAAUAUCUUAGAAACAGAGCAGAUGAAGAAAGAAUUAUUUAGAAAAGAAGAAUUUUUGAAAAUGUUUAGUAACCGUUUUGGUAAAGAUAUGUUAUUGCGAUACAAAAAGAAAAAAGGUCUUGAACAUUCGAUAGAAGAAAAAAAAGAUACAGUCCAAACAUUGAAGGAUAAUAUUACAUCAAUGUCAAAGUACCUUGCGGAUCUGCAAGAAGCUGAACGUGUUUAUCUAAAACGCGAGGUGUACGACAAAUUAGAUGCGAUACGUAAAAGAAUUGCAUUGCGAACAAUAACGGCAUUCAUCAUGCCUUAUGUAAACCUCAAGUUCAAAUCUAGAAAAAAGAAAGCCAAAAGCAAAAAAACCAAUGGUUCAAAUAAAAAGUCUAUAAAAUAAUA